AACCAAGCCAGAAACCAAGUGCUCUGCUGUGGAUUCCCAGUUUUAAUACUUUUAUUAUUUCGAAUGUUAUGUCUGCCAACAGCACCAGCUCUGAGAGCCCAUGGCCACCCAAUUUCUGGAAUCAAAUAAUAAUAGCAUUUACAGUUUCUGUGGCCAUUGGACUCGUAAUUGGAGGCACAAUCUGGGCUUUGUUGACUUGCCUAUCAAAUCGCAGAGCUAGUGCACAUAUUUCCCAGUGGAGCACCUCAUCCUCUAGCCUGCGUUCCAGAGCUUCCCAUGGAAGUGCUGCUAGCAGGCCUGGAUUUUAUCGCAACAGCAGUUGUGAACGCCGCAGCAACCUCAGUUUGGCCAGCCUGACCUUCCAAAGGCAAGCUUCCUUAGACCAAGCCAACUCCUUUCCAAGAAAAUCAAGUUUUCGGGCCUCCACAUUUCAUCCCUUUCUUCAGUCCCCUCCACUUCCUGUAGAAACUGACAGUCAGCUGAUUACACUGGUACCCACCAGUACCACGACAACUCUUACUGGGAGCACCACCAACAGCCUAAGUCGUCCUGAAUUCCACUGGUCCAAUAAUAGUCUUCGUGUCUGCCAUUCAACACAAACGCCACCUCCUGCCUAUGACACCAUCAUAAAGGCCUUUCCAGAUUCUUGAGUUGGAUUUUCAGUAUUCUAAAUAUGUGAGAAAGAAUCUCAGUUCUAUGAUUUUCUGUGGGCUCUGAAGAUACUGGUGAAAGUUCUGAUUGCAACAAGAACAUACUGUAUGAGACAGAAAUGACAUUGAUUUGAUAGAGGGAUGCACUGAUACUGUUCAACUUCAAAAAACAUCCUUGCUUUUCUCGCAAAGGGAGCAUGUUAGCUGCACUGCAUCAAUAUGUAUUUAUAUUUUAUGUCUGCACUGUUAUUAUUACUUUUAGUUUAGAUGAUGCAAAUGCCUUGCAGUUUUACGAACUCAUAUAUUUGGAAUGAUAAACCAAAGAAUGCUUAAGAUUUAUAGAAUUCCUUCUAUGAACUGUGAACACAAUGUUGGCUGCGGUCACACGGGCAGGAAAAUG